AUGCGACCCGAAACCAGAGGAUCCGUUACACAGACAGUCUCAGAAAAGCUUAACAUCUUUCUCUCGACACCCCCACCGCAUCCAUUAGACCAAUUGUCCAUCGAUGAGAUCAACAAAACCCGCGAUGUUAUCCUACGUGCCCAUUCCUCGAUGUCCAUUGUAUUUAGGACGAUAACCUUGGAGGAACCGGCAAAAGUUUUAUUAUUGCCGUUCUUACAAGCCGAGCACAGAAGAGAGGUGACUAAUAGAACUAGAAGGCCCCCGAGACAUGCGAGGGUAUUGUUUGAUGCCAUUGGGGAGGAUCGCUCUUUGGAGUUAUGUGAUUCGGUGGUGGAUGUGACAUUAGGGGAGGAAGUGAGCUUUGAUCUUAUUGAAAAGAAGUAUCACUCGCCUCUAAAUGCUGAUGAAAUUGCCAUCUUCCCCGAUGUGGCAAUGGCCUCACCCCUCUUCCAGGAAGCUUUGGCUGAGCUGAACCUACCCGCGAACGUCGUUAUCGUUAUCGAUCCAUGGAUGUAUGGGGGCUGGGAAAAUCCUAGAGAAAUAAGCCCUCGUUACAUGCAAGGGCUGGUUUACGCCCGUGACCCCAAGACAAACAACCCGGAUUCAAAUCACUAUGCAUUCCCAAUACCCUUAAUCCCGGUGAUGGACAUCUACAAGAGGAAAAUCAUUCGAGUUGACAAAUUAGCUACUGGUGGUAGGGGGGAUGGACUCAAAUCCGGUACUGGUCCUAAAAACGCUUUGGAUCAUUGCAGAGCUGUGGAGUACAUCCCAGAGUUGGUUGAAGGAGGGCUGAGGCAGGAUGUCAAACCACUUAACGUUAUCCAGCCCUACGGACCAUCAUUCACAACUACCGGGUCACUGGUCGAGUGGCAAAAGUGGAGGUUCAGGAUCGGAUUCAAUCCUCGUGAGGGCGCAACAAUACACGAUGUUUGGUAUGACAACAGGAGUGUUUUCUAUCGCAUGAGCUUCAGCGAGAUGUCCGUACCGUAUGGAGAUCCCAGGGCACCAUUCCACAGGAAACAGGCCUUUGAUUUUGGAGACGGCGGAGCUGGGCGAGCAGCAAAUAAUCUCGAACUCGGCUGCGACUGCCUUGGCCUCAUCAAGUACUUUGAUGGGAUCAUGAACGACACCUCCGGCAAGGGUAUUGUCUCGAAAAAUGUUGUUUGCAUGCACGAAGUCGACGACGGUAUCCUGUGGAAACAUACAAACUACCGCACAAACCGCGCUGUCGUCACCCGCAACCGGAAAUUGAUUGUGCAGUUCAUCAUCACUCUCGCCAACUACGAAUACAUCUUUGCGUAUCACUUCGACCAAGCUGGUGGGAUUACCAUAGAGACAAGAGCUACAGGUGUUGUUAGCACUGUACCAAUCGAUCCAGGUACUACCAGCCCAUGGGGUAAUGUUGUCAGCCCGGGCGCUUUGGCGCAGAACCAUCAGCACAUAUUCUGUGUGCGCAUCGACCCAGCGAUUGAGGGUCCAAAGAACACCGUAAUCCAGGAAGAGUCACAUCCUGUUCCUUUCACUCCAGAACUUAAUCCUUGGGGAAAUGCGUAUGAAGUCAGACAAACAAUGUUUAAGAGGACGUGUUGGGCAGACGCGGCGCCACAUAACGCCAGGCUCUUCAAGAUUGUCAACCAGAAUGUCCGCAACCCGAUAAGUGGUAGGCCUGUGGGAUAUAAGCUCGUUCCUUCGCCGUCCCAGCUUACCUUAGCCCACCCCGAUAGCAUCAUGGCGAAGCGCAUGGCGUAUGCAAGCCAUCAUUUAUGGAUCACUAGACAUCGCGACGGGGAGUUCUGGGCAGCGGGCAGGUUCACCAAUCAAAGUUCAGUUGAGUCUGGUGGCGUCAAAGAUAUGAUUGAGAGAAAUGAAAAUAUCGAAAAUGAGGACCUUGUCAUCUGGCACUCCUUUGGCUUAACCCAUAACCCUAGGGUGGAAGGUUUGUUUAUCUUUCCCAGCCAUACGCAUCAGAUUCACCUCAAGCCGGCAGAUUUCUUCACCAAAAACCCUGCCAUUGAUGUUCCCUCGACCAAAAACCAGACGUCCAUCCUGUACAAAGUUGGGGGCCUUGUUAGCGGAUUCGUGGCGGAGGUUCCCCAGAAUAACAAGGAAAGCGAGCGCACCAGACAAGCGAAAUUGGUUACCGUGGACGACAGCACAGAGCAGCUCGCGCAAGGGAUAAAGAGUUGUUGCAUAUAGGAAGGCGCUUCGGAGUUCUGUUUUUUAUCCUUCCCUCCUACUCCUGCCGUUAUUGGUAUAAUACUUUUUCUGUCACCCACAUAUAUCCGAAUGGCAGCAGGAGAGUGGUUUCUUUUCGUCACUUUUUCUUUCCAAUGCAUUCAUAAGGGCGGGCGUUUGCUUCAAGUUACUCCUUCUAUUCCAUUCCUUCAAGUCAAAUACUUCUAUCGUACCUAUUUCAUUUCUUUUUCUCUUCUUUCCUAUUUUCGCUUCUGGAUCGCCUUUGUCGUGUUAAAUUUUUCAUUUUGCCUUUCCUUAGUUGUUAAAGGCCGGGUUUUUUCUUUUUUGUCACUGCUACAACGAAAUCACGCUAUUUAGGUCAUGAAGCGACGAAACGAUUGACGUUAUGAUGCCAUAGACUCUUUUGUUUUUUAUUUUAUUAUUGACGCUCUUCGUUAUUCCUUUUCCCUUACCUUCCUCACUCACCCUUCACUCGAAAGCGUAGUGCGAAAACGCUGCAAGCAGGCUAGGGCGGGAGAGGGAGGGGGGGUAGGGUGUCGAAAACCCUCAUUUCUUCAACUUAUGGCCCAUACGCAUGUUUCUCUUUUUAUUUCCUUCUCCCUCUCUUUCCACUUCCUUGUCCCCGUCAUCACCGCCUUUGUACAGCAACCACACCCAUACUAAAAGAGAAGAAAGAGAAGGGAAAAAGAAAUUUGUAAAUAACUCUCACGUCUCUUCCCCUUCAGUAAGCAAGUUAAGCCUCACGUAUUAUACAAUGCCAUAUCACAAG